UACCAAAAGAAGAAACUACGAGUUCCAAAAUGGUAACGCUCACUGCAUUUCUCAUUCUCUUUCUACUUCUAGGGUUUAUGUUAAUCUUCUCGUUUUCAACGAAAACCCUAAAACCCAAAACCACAUCAUCCUCUAAUCUGCCUUCAUAUCCACUCAUCGGAUCUAUCCUCUCCUUCAACAGAAACCGCCACCGUCUUCUCCAAUGGUACACUGAUCUUCUUCGUCUCUCUCCGUCUCAAACCAUCACCGUCGAUCUCCUCUUCCGUCGCCGGACUAUCAUCACGGCCAAUCCAGAAAACGUCGAGCACAUUCUCAAAACAAAUUUUUCUAACUUCCCUAAAGGCAAACCUUUCACCGACCUCCUCGGAGAUCUACUCGGCGGCGGAAUUUUUAAUUCUGACGGCGAGUUAUGGAGCUCGCAGCGCAAACUUGCGAGCCACGAAUUCACAAUGCGUUCUCUUAGGGAAUUCACUUUCGAGAUCCUCCGCGAAGAAGUAGAAAACCGUCUCAUUCCGGUGCUUUCCUCCGCCGCGGACUACGACGGAGGAAGGACGGUGGAUUUCCAAGAUGUUUUAAAACGUUUUGCUUUCGAUGUUGUUUGUAAAGUUUCGUUGGGAUGGGAUCCGGAUUGUUUGGAUUUGACCCGACCCGUUCCGGAUCUUGUCGAGGCUUUUGAUGUAGCGGCGGCGAUUAGCGCUCGUCGUGCCACGGAGCCAAUUUACGCCGUGUGGAAGCUGAAGCGUUUGUUGAACGUUGGGAGCGAGAGGAGGUUGAGAGAAGCCAUCAGAAGCGUACACGUGUCGGUAUCUGAGAUCAUCCGUGCCAAGAAGAAGAGCCUCGAUAUCGGUGGUGACGUGGCGGACAAGAAAGACCUCUUGUCUAGGUUUCUCGCCGCCGGUCACGACGAGGAAGCCGUGAGAGAUUCUGUAAUCAGCUUUAUUAUGGCGGGAAGGGACACCACGUCGGCGGCGAUGACGUGGCUGUUUUGGCUGUUGAGUGAGAACGAUUGCGCGGAGAAAAAGGUAGUAGAGGAAGUGAGAAACAAGGGUUCUUUAGGGUUAGGGUUUGAGGAUUUGAGAGAGAUGAGUUACACGAAAGCUUGUCUCUGUGAAGCAAUGAGGCUUUACCCACCAGUGGCUUGGGACUCAAAGCAUGCAGCAAACGACGACGUCUUGCCUGACGGGACACGUGUGAAGAAAGGAGACAAAGUGACUUAUUUCCCUUACGGUAUGGGAAGGAUGGAGAAAGUGUGGGGACUAGACUGGAGCGAGUUUAAACCGAACCGGUGGUUUGAGCAAGAGGCAAAUUACGGCACCAAACCGGUUUUGAAAAGCGUCAGCUCGUUCAAGUUUCCGGUUUUCCAAGCGGGACCAAGGGUUUGUAUAGGGAAAGAAAUGGCGUUUAUGCAGAUGAAAUUCGUGGUUGGUUCGGUUUUGAGUCGGUUUAAGAUUGUACCGGUUUGUGAUACUCGGCCGGUAUUUGUACCUCUUCUAACGGCUCACAUGGCUGGUGGACUAAAGGUGAAGAUCAAGCGGAGAGAGCACUAAUCAUGUCAUGUCCUUAUAGAAUAUCCAACGAAUAUGUAAAAUGUGUGGUUUAUAUACUAAAUCAAAUCAAUA